GGUGCGGGCAACGCCUCAUUGCAGUUUUUGGAUUGCGUGCCAGUGAUAUACUUGCGUUGAUUUCUAGAGGUCAUUUUCCUUUUACAACAAAGUUUGGUAUAAAUGUGUUGCUAGGGCGUCAGUGAAGACGUAGCAAACCUUCCUACGACUGAGGGUUUGAUGAAUAAACGUUUUCUUUUCUGAGAGAUAUACAAUGGGGAAAAUAACAAUGUCUUUACUGCCGUUCUUGGCGCUUGCUGUGGUUCUUUGUUCGGACUCUGUAGCUGCUGAUACACCGUUCCAGUGUCGGUCAGGCUGGGUGUCUGCUAUGGGCUCUUGUUACCUGUUUAACAACGACACUCGGGUAAUCUUUGACCGUGCAGUUGCUUUCUGUGACGGUCAAAACUUUGGAUCCAAGCUGCUCACAAUACAGAGUGACCAAGAGAAGCAGUGGAUCAAUACGCAGAUCUCCAAAUACCCAGAUGUGGAAAUGUGGUGGACAAGUUAUAAAGGAGUUGAUUUUGACGGCAACAUCCUUAUAGCUAAAGAUGAGCCCAAUGGUCUCACAAAUUUGACCAUUGUCACCGAGCCUGACGACACAGACCAUACGCAGAACUGUGUUGAACUUGCUGAAUUGGGUCUUUUUCGAGACGAAGAUUGUUCCAGCCUCAGGCGACCCAUUUGUGAGGUAGAAAAAAAGUCAAGCACCUCGGCAUGUCCUUCAGUUGCACGCUUCCUACCCGUGCCCUUUGGCACAAGUUGCUACUACUAUAGCUAUUCCUACUCAACAAAGCUUACUUGGCAGGAUGCACAGGCAAAAUGUCAAGAUUUCAGCAUUGGUACGAACAAAGGCCAUUUGCUCUCUAUUGGAGGCAGAGAUGAACUUGAUUUUGUACAAAAAACUUUGAUGCCUAGAUUGAAAUAUUUAAGUGGACAGCACUGGACAGGUCUCAAUGAUAAAAUGACUGAAGGACACUAUGUUUAUGAAGACGGUACUCAAGUGUCUUCAUAUUUGAUACCUUGGAUGUCUUCCAGAAAUCUGGCAUCAAAUACAGACACCUGUUUUAAGCUGAACCAAGGGUCCAAGGUGUAUCCCACUUCUUGCAACGUGUAUGAGUAUGGUCUGAUAUGUAAGGAAAAGGCCGUGCCAAUGCCAGAAACCCAGUGCCCAAAUUACUGGCUCCGAGCAGCUGACUCUUGCUACUACCCAAGUUACGACCAAAAGAAUUGGCAAGACGCUUCCAAGUUUUGUUCAGAUCAAGGUGCCCAUCUUUUGAAAAUAGAUUCCGAUGAUGAACUCAGGUGGCUCGAUACAGUUAACAUGUGGUCAAGACCCAAUUUUUACAGCGGCUACUGGACCGGUCUGAACAAUAUACAGACAAAGCAAAAGUACGUGUGGCAGGACAAGUCUGAACCCAGCAAGGGUUAUGUGGCAUGGGCACGCACCUAUAGUGCCACGGGUAACUACCGUUGUACUGCUUUCUAUCCAGGAAGAGAUUAUACCCGCUUCGUCAGCUGCGACGGUCGUUAUUCUUCUGGCUGCCAGUACGUGAAGCCAAGCGGUGGAAAAUGCCUUACAGGCUGGACGGAGAAAUUCAACAAAUGCUACAAGGUGGUAAAGGAUACAUCAACGUUUGUUUCCUCCCUGAUAUCUUGCUAUCAAGAUAUUAAAAGGCAAAAUUCAAACUCCCAAAUCGCUGUGGACCGCUUGACAGUAGAGAAUGCAGCUGUGUUGACCUUCAUCAAGGGCCUCGCCACUAACGCGAAUGUCUAUUCCCUGUAUCUGGGCCUCAACGACCUGAACGUAUACGGAGAAUUUCGUUGGGGCUGGAGCAACACCCCUGUCAACAUGACACUUCUCAACUUUGAUACAGAACCUGAUCAUCAAGAUACACAAAACUGUGUUUCCAUAUUUCAAGGGGGCUUCUCCAUAACCGAUAGAUGUGACAGGAAGAAGAAUUAUAUCUGUGAAAAAGAGAAAAAGUGGAUUCCUGGAGCAGCAUCCACGAAUUAAGGAAGCAGUAUUGGGACACAAUGGGGUAGGCAACGAAUGAGGCAUUGCGGGAGACAAUGGGGAAGACUAUGGGUAAGACAAAGGGGGAGAGAAUGAGAGAGACAAUAGAGGAAACCAGGGGAAAGAGGGGGGGGGAGGUGGAUAAUUUUUUAGUGGGGGGAGGGGUGGAAAUAGUGGGGAGACAUUGCAGACACAAGAGAGGCGUAUCUACACGUUAAUACAGAAAGAAAGAGGUACUGCAGGGUAGGAAAUAAGGGUGGAGAUGUUAUGCAAGGGGAGAAAGUAUUGCAGGGAAGGGCAUCAGGGAGAAGGGUUAAUUCCAAUUCUGUUUUUUGUGGCUUGUAACGUUUAUUAUGGUAGGUUUUUUAAAAAAACUGGAUGUAAAUAUUUUGGCCGUUUUGUAGCCAUUUUUUCCUUGCUGCCACAUAAGUCAAUUAAAAACAUUCAGUUGGAAGUGAAAAAAGUUAAAAGAUCGGAUUAAAAUAUCUCGUUAAAAGUAAUAUA